AGCUUAAGGUUGCCGCAAGCAGAGUGAUUGUACAGUCGCGGUUUCGCGAGGGUGCACCCAACCCCCAUGUGCUUUUCUUGAUUGUUGUUAGCGCCUGUAGUUGAAUUUUCCUUCGGGAAAAUAAUUGCAUUUGCUCGUUAGGGGAGUCGAACUCUGGUUUUUCUCACGUUGUUUUCAAUAAUCAAAUUUAAUAUUUGUACACUUCCAAAGUUAAUGAAGAAAUAGAUUAAUUUUUGGGUUUAAAUAAUCUGGAAAGAUUGCGCUCACAAAGAAAAGAAUCAUGGCGGACUUACAAGGAGUCCCGGUGACACAGGAUGCCUUGUCCGUGGCUCAGUUGGAACUCGGUGGCAAUCCCAAUGCUCUUGCACUGCGUAGACCUUUUGAUCCGGCUGCUCAUGACCUGGACGCAACCUUCCGCUUGACGCGGUUUGCCGACUUAAAAGGAUGAGGGUGCAAGGUCCCUCAGGAGAUUCUUGGGAAACUCCUUGAGGGACUGCAGGCUGAUGAUGGUAGUGCCCAGGAUCAUGAGCACGCCCACUUUAUGCACAUGGCUACCCCGCGCAUUGGUAUUGGUAUGGAUUCCUCCGUUACUCCUCUGAGGCACGGCGGGCUAAGUUUAGUUCAGACAACAGACUUUUUCUAUCCACUUGUUGAUGAUCCGUAUAUGAUGGGGAAAAUUGCCUGUGCCAAUGUAAUAAGUGAUCUCUAUGCCAUGGGAGUGACAGAGUGUGACAACAUGCUCAUGCUGUUGGGCGUUAGCACGAAAAUGACCGAGAAGGAGAGAGACGUCGUAGUUCCUUUAAUCAUGAGGGGAUUCAAAGACUCCGCGUUAGAAGCUGGCACGACGGUCACCGGUGGACAAACUGUCGUGAAUCCGUGGUGUACUAUUGGUGGUGUUGCCACAACAGUUUGUCAGCCAAACGAAUACAUUGUUCCAGAUAACGCAGUGGUAGGAGACGUAUUGGUACUAACGAAACCUCUGGGUACGCAAGUAGCCGUCAACGCGCAUCAGUGGCUAGAUCAACCAGACCGCUGGAACCGAAUCAAACUUGUCGUCAGUGAAGACGACGUUCGUAAAGCCUACCAGCGUGCAAUGGACAGCAUGGCUAGACUCAACCGAAUAGCUGCGCGGUUAAUGCACAAGUACAAUGCUCACGGGGCGACAGACGUGACGGGUUUCGGACUUCUGGGCCAUGCCCAGAACCUGGCCAAACACCAGAAAAACGAGGUGUCCUUCGUCAUUCACAACCUGCCGGUUAUUGCAAAGAUGGCUGCCGUUGCUAAGGCCUGCGGUAACAUGUUCCAGCUUCUGCAAGGACACUCCGCCGAGACCAGCGGGGGCCUCCUCAUCUGCCUACCACGAGAACAGGCUGCGGCAUACUGUAAAGACAUAGAAAAGCAAGAGGGCUACCAGGCGUGGAUAAUCGGUAUCGUUGAGAAGGGAAAUCGCACUGCGCGAAUAAUCGACAAGCCGCGAGUGAUCGAAGUGCCAGCAAAGGAGAAAGACGGUGAACUCUGGUAAUGAACAGUACAAGGAUCCAUAGUUAAGCCAUUCUUGUAAGAAGAAGAGAAGAACGAACUUGGUGUUUAUUCUUGACCUUUAGAGUUUCUACAUUUUAUCAUGCACAAUCAUGCACAGUCGUUCUGUUUUUGAGCCAUUUCUCUUAGAUUGAUAAGAAUUAUUGGAAAGCUUACGACAACUACCAAUCCACGAAAAUGGUUGUUACUGUUGCACUUCGAGGAUUCGCGGACAUUCGUGAAUUUCUCGCCUAUCCCUUAAUUUUUUGUUAUGGCUAUGUAAUCUAUGUAGAGUACCUAAGGAAACAGAUUUUUUAUCGAAAAAAAACCCAGUCCACGAUAGAAGGUAUUGGGGGUAACUGAAUUAUUGUGAAGAAAAAAACGUUAUUCAUUCCUGGGUCUUCCUGUAAUUUGCAUCUGCUAACUCGACAUAUACAAGCGUAAUUUUAUAGAGGACCGAUAAACACUUGAGCAGAGAACUCUAAUAUAUGAAAUUGAGACUAAUGGAUAUUUGUAUACUUUGCAAUAAGUCUAUAAAAAUCUGUUGUAUAAUAAAUAUAUUUGAAUAUAACAUUUUUUAAUAGUCCUGCUAGCAUGAUGUAUGUUUGUAUUGAGACAGGACGUUUUUUAUGAAGCAAUUAUUAGAUUCUAAUUUUUAUAUUAAUCUUUGUCCUCACUAUAUCACUCUUGAAUACUAUACGUUAUGUAAUUGUAAAAUAAUGCGCGAUCGUUCGAUGUGUAAGAACAGUCGCGCUUAUGCGUUAUUAAAAAUGGGGAGCAAUCAAAACUGUUAAAAGCUUGCUUUAUCUUUUGUAUGAUUUUUGUCGAGGCGUUUGGAAUCAUGUUGAGAUUUAUAAAGCAGGUGGACCUAGGUCCUAACGUUGUAUUAGUUUUUCAUAUGAAUAAAAUGCUACUUUG